AAACAUGGCUAGGGUUAACACGAGGAAGUAAGCACACAGCGCAGUUUCGUUUCCCUUAUGAAAGUUUUAAUUUGGGAUCUGCGCCUUAACACUGGAAAGGAGAAGCGCAAGUACAGUAGUAUGCGACGGGGGUAACAAGAAAGAAUACGCAGUUUUAUUCAUGCACAUGACAAUAUAAUAUCCCUGAAGUGCGAUCGAACGACUACGAUCCUGACCACAUAAUAAUAAUGGCGGAGGCCGACACGGAAGAGAACGUGUACAGGGAGGCUGUGGCCGAGCCGCCGAUCGCGCCCCCUAAUGACGACAUUGACAUUGACAACCUGUUACCCGACGGUCCUCAGGGGAAUAUCCAAGGACAGAUGGAGGAGUUCCUGGGCCCCCAGCCGGAGUACGAUGAGGAAGAGGAGGAGAAGAAGUACUACAGGAGGAAGAGGCUGGGCGUGGUGAAGAAUGUCCUUGGUGCCAGCGUCGGGGGCAUGAUCAUAUACAGCGUCUACAUGGGCCUGUUGCAGAUGCAGCUGAUCCUCCACUAUGAUGAGACGUACAGGGAGGUGAAGUAUGGUAACCUGGGUCUGGAGGACAUCGACAAGAAGAUGCUGAUGGGGAUCAACGUUACACCCAUCAUAGGCCUGUUAUACACCCCUGUACUCAUCAGGUUUCUGGGCACCAAGUGGAUGAUGUUUCUGGCCAGUGGAAUUUACGCUCUCUUCGUCUCAACCAAUUACUGGGAGCGAUACUACACCCUGGUACCAUCGGCCGUGGCCAUUGGUGCAGCCAUUGUCCCACUGUGGGCGUCAUUAGGGAACUACAUCACAAGGAUGGCACAACAGUACUAUGAGUAUGUCAACUAUAAGGAGGAUCACGUCCAGGAACAGAAGAAACUACCCAAGGGGGCGUGUCAUCGCUACGUCAUUAUCUUCCAAUCCGUGUUCUUCAUCAUCUUCCAUCUCAGCCUGGUGUUUGCAGAGUUCCCCCAGCGCAUCUUCCUCCAGCAGUUCCUUAGCAACUACAACCACACACUGUACAACGUUAAACACUGUGGUGCGGAGAGCAGUGGUAUGAUCCAGGGUUUCAACAGGACCGUCCUGAAGCACCUCCCACGCUCUCUGCUGCUCAUCCAGGUGGAGAGUGUUCUCAUGGGGGCCGCCUUUCUCUCUAUGAUCAUCUUCCUGGCGCUGUGCGGGGCUGCGUACCGCCCUACAGAGGAGAUAGAUCUGAGGAGUAUCGGCUGGGGGAACAUCUUCCAGUUACCCUUUAAACACCUGAGAGACUACAGACUGAGACUCCUCAUUCCGUUCUUCAUCUACAGUGGACUGGACUCACUCUUCUCUGUCACCGGACUCACUCUGUCCUAUGGUGUGUGUACAGUGGGUCUGGAGUGGCUGUAUCUCCUGGUGAUGGUCUAUGGUCUGUCCUGUUCCCUGUUCUCCUGCCUGGGCCUGUCCCUCCUCAGACUGCCACGCUACGUCUCUCUGCUAGGGGGCGCUGUGAUCCAUGGUCCUCUGCUGGUGUUCCUGCUGUUCUGGUCCCCGGCUCCACGCUCACCUGAUCAACUGCCUUACCUGCUGGUGGUGACCGCCCUCUGGGGAAUGGGGUCUGCAUUGAAUAAGACUGGACUCAGCAUCCUCCUGGGUAUGUUGUAUGAGGAUAAAGAGAGACUGGACUUUGUCUACACCAUCUACCACUGGUGGCAGGCUAUCGCCAUCUUCAUAGUCUACCUGUGGACUGGACUCAUCAUGAGGGCCAAACUCUCCAUCCUAUUGGUCAUCCUUCUAGUGGCGUGCUUCUGCUAUUGGACGAUGGAGCGACGCCUGGCCAAGAACAUGCCUUUCAGACUGCCUCGCAUUCCCCGCCCCAAACACAAGGUCAAAGGUUAUCGUUACCUGGAGGAGGAAAACUCAGACGAGUCGAACACAGAGGAGAGUGAUGAGGAUGAGGAUGAAGAGCAGCAGGAGGAGGUGAUCAGGGAGGACGUCGGCGGAGACGCAGGGUCGCAGGGCUCUGAUUCCACCAGGGAGAGGAGGGGAGGGGCCAGGGGUCAGCGCAGGAGGCGAGACGAUGAUUACGAGCAAGCGGGGGAGAGGGAGGAGAGAGCGAAGGAGGGAUAGAGAGAGAGAGAGUGAGAUAGCGAGAGAGGGAGGAGAUUUAAAGAAGAGAGUGAGAGAGAGAGAGAGAAAAUGUGUUCCUUUUCAUUCCCUUCUGCAUUAGAUCCUCUAGGUAUCCUCUAGGUAUCCUCUAGGUAUCCUCUAGGUGUCCUCUAGGUGUCCUCUAGGUGUCCUCUAGGUAUCCUCUAGGUAGCCCCUAGGUGUCCUCUAGGUGUCCUCUAGGUUUCCUCUAGGUUUCCUAUAGGUGUCCUCUAGGUAUCCUCUAGGUUUCCUCUAGGUGUCCUCUAGUGUCCUCUAGGUUUCCUCUAGGUGUCCUCUAGGUGUCCUCUAGGUUUCCUCUAGGUGUCCUCUAGGUGUCCUCUAGGUGUCCUCUAGGUAGCCUCUAGGUGUCCUCUAGGUUUCCUCUAGGUGUCCUCUAGGUGUCCUCUAGGUAUCCUCUAGGUAGCCUCUAGGUGUCCUCUAGGUGUCCUCUAGGUUUCCUCUAGGUGUCCUCUAGGUGUCCUCUAGGUGUCCUCUAGGUAUCCUCUAGGUGUCCUCUAGGUAUCCUCUAGGUGUCCUCUAGGUAUCCUCUAGGUGUCCUCUAGGUAUCCUCUAGGUGUCCUCUAGGUAUCCUCUAGGUGUCCUCUAGGUGUCCUCUAGGUAUCCUCUAGGUAUCCUCUAGGUGUCCUCUAGGUAUCCUCUAGGUGUCCUCUAGGUGUCCUCUAGGUAGCCUCUAGGUGUCCUCUAGGUACUUUCCCCAGUCCAACUCUCUCACAUCAGUGCAAAUUAUGGAAAGGAGUCGAAUCAGAAGAGGAGAGAAAAUGGGUGUGUCUCAAAUGUAACCCAAUUCCCUUCAUAGUGCCCUACUUUUACAUUUACAUUUUAGUCAUUUAGCAGACACUCUUAUCCAGAGUGACUUACAGUUAGUGA